AUGAGAUUUAGACCUAUGAGGUCACUUGGCGCUGAACGAAAAGCAGAGAAAAGGAGGUUUGCAAGGUGCAACAGGAGGAAAACCUCACAGCAGUUGCACUACGAAACAGUUGUUAAGAGAAGGGGGUCGAGGGAGAGUAAGAUGGGAAGAAAGAGAAUACGAAUGGAAGUACAACCACCCGCUACCCAACUCCAAAAACUACCAACCCCAACCCACACCACUACAACUUCCACUACAUCAACCAAACGAACCUACACCCCUCCAACCUCACCCUACACCAACAACCCACUACAAAACCUCCACUACAUCAACACACCACUACUCACUACAUCAACCACACCCACUACAACUUCUACUACAACAACCACACCCACUACAACUUCCACUACAUCAACCACAACCAGUACAACUACUACAACCACCACUAAGCCAACCACAACCACCACCACAACUACAGCAGCACCAAUAAGGUGUGACUUGAAUGUUACCGUAGUACCAGGAACGUUGGCGUACUGGUCAUCUCCCAACUAUCCGGCAAACUACCCAGAGAAUAUAACUUGUAAGCUCAGAGUAACGGGUACCAGAUGUAUAAUGAUGUUGAGUCUGGAUGGUGCUGCCGAGAUCUUCACGAAGACGUCGAUCUGUUCCACGGCACCUGAUCGCCUUUUCAUGGAAAGCACUACUAAGGACUACUUUUGUGGAAAAUUCCUUUUAAGUACACGGGACUUCGCGACAACAACAGCUGUGACUAGGGUCUUAACCUUUACCACCAGCUCUGCAGAUGGAGGGGUCGCUAUGGGUUUCAGAAUUAAGAUCCAAGGCUUCUAGAGAAAUGCAGAGGUGGCUAUCUUCGUCCGGAGAUGACAUUAUACGGAUAAGAAUAUAUUCGAUGUUUACAUUCAACUCAAAAUUCACAAUGAAAAAUAAAUCAGGUUUUGAAAUGUAUUUUUAGACAUUAAAUACUUUCCUCUCAAAAAAAAAAA